GUGAUAGAUCCUAUAGUAGCAGAGUAGUUGCACGUAUUUUCUCUGAAGCAUAAAGUUCAUUGUCCCUGGAUGGUUAUUCUUUAUUUGUGAUACCCAACUGGAAGCUAUCCUUUAUCCAAUCUGUUAGGAAAGAUGGUAUGUUUAUUUUCUGGAUCUACAGCGGUAGAAUUAGGCAUAUUUUUUGGAUACCUAGUCUGUAGUUUUAUACUGAUGAAUUUUUUUAGAUUUGUAUGCAGUAUAAUUAGAUGUGAGAAAUUGAUACCUUUCUUGUAGUUCUUGCUUCUUACUAAUGCAUAGCCAAAAUUGUCCCCUUGGAAGCACUGUUCAGGGAUAAUCAUAGGAUAUUCUCACAAAUAGGAGUGUGAGACUGGUACAUAAAUAUUAAAUUGCACUAGUUGAUCUAAUUUGAAUGCCCUAACUUAUUUCACACUGCAUUGUAUCAUUUAUCAUUUAUGUAUACUUCACAUAAAACAUAGUAUUUUAGGCUGUAUAAAUGGUAUUUAUAUGGACAAUGAGAAUUGGUUAAGGCUGAUGAAACAAAGCAUAUGUAGUCAACAGCUGAAGGUAUACACACUCACCAAGUACAAUAAAACUGUUAGUCAUCUCCUAAUUUCAUUUUCACCUUUAUCCCUUCCAUUGUUACAUAAGGUAUAUCUUCUCAAUGAGGCCACCUCAUACAUGCAAAAUGCAAAAUGCUAAAUCAAUCUCACCAAGAAACCCUUUCUUUCACAUCUCAAACAAACUCCAAUCAGUUUAAAGUCUCCAUCCAUGUCUCAAAUCUCUCAAAUCAUUUCCCUCCAAAACCAAGAACAGUGGCAAGUCUCUCUCAUCUAGAGACUUUAGCUUAGCUAGCUAGGCUACACGCCAUGGAAGCACCAAGAAGUUGGAGAGCUCCAGCGUGUGUGAUCUUUGUGCUCGCACUAGUGGCGCAGUGGUGGAGCUCGUCAAUGGCGGCGAGCUGUAGCUUCACGAUAUCCAACCACUGCGCCCAGACGAUAUGGCCGGCGACGCUGGCCGGCGCCGGCACGCCGCAGCUGGCCACGACGGGGUUCAGGCUCGACCCGGGGCAGAGCGUGCAGGUCCCGGCGCCGGCGGGGUGGUCCGGCCGGAUAUGGGCGCGCACCGGGUGCGACUUCUCCGGCGCCGGCGGCGCCGCCGCCGCCGCUGCCGCUGGCGCCGCCGCGUGCCAGACCGGCGACUGCGGCGGCCGCUUGGAGUGCGGCGGCACGGGCGCCACGCCGCCGGCGACGCUGUUCGAGGUCACGCUGGGGAAGGUCGGCGGCGGCGCCGGCGCCGGUGACCUGGACUACUACGACGUGAGCCUCGUCGACGGCUACAACCUCCCCGUCGUCGCCGUCCCGCAGGCCGGCGGCGCCACCGGCGGCGGCGGCGGCUGCGCCACCACCGGCUGCACGGCCGACCUCAACCGCUCGUGUCCGAAGGAGUUGCAGGUGGACGGCGUCGACGGCGGCGGCGGCAGCGGGACGGUGGCGUGCCGGAGCGCGUGCGAGGCGUUCGGGGAGGAGGAGUACUGCUGCAGCGGCGCGUACGCGACGCCGGCGACGUGCCGGCCGACGGCGUACUCGGCCAUCUUCAAGACGGCGUGCCCGCGCGCCUACAGCUACGCCUACGACGACGGCACGAGCACCUUCACCUGCAGCGCCGCCGCCUACACCAUCGCCUUCUGCCUCCCUCCCACCGGGUCGAACACCUCCGGUGUCACUCCGCUGAUUAGCUCGCCGUCGCCGGCCAAUGGCCAGAACGGCGCCGGAGGCAGCACACCUCCUCCGGCUGGCAACAAUGGCGCCGGGAUAAUCAGCUACCAGCCGCCUCCGACGGAGGACAUCAAUGGUGCCGGGAGCGCCGAUCAGCCGGCGUGGAUGACGAUGCCGUCGUCGGCGAGCAAGCGGAUGAUGCCGUCAUCGUCGGCGGCGAGCACGCGGCACAACCAGCUGUGGUCUCUGCUGCUGCUGCUACCUGCAUUGCUCUUGUUCCAUUUCAAGCAAGAGUUAUUGUAGGAUUUUCUGACACUGACAAUAGUAAUCAGAAGUUCAGAACUCCUCGUGUAUGUAUAGCAGUUGUAAAACUUGCUUACAAAUUACUCCUAGAUGUUUCUCCCACUGCUAACUUAAUUAACAAGUGGGGAAGAAAUUAUGUAGAUAGAUUACAAGAAAUGAAAAAUAUAGCACAUAUUUGUGAAAAAAAAAUUGCUCCCUAACUGUUUCAGCGGAGAUCGAUGAUUUGCCACUGUGUAUGCUCUCAUCGUCGCAGCUAAUUUUUUUUAUUUUUUAAACUUGUUUUUAAAGCUGAUCUUGUGAUUUUUCAUCAUAGUCUAUUUUCCGAAUUUAGUGUAAUCUACCAUUGUAUUUUAGACCGUUCAUAAUAUAAAUAUAA